AUGGGCCCCUGUACCGCCUCCUCAUGCUGCUGCCAGGCCCGUAAUCUGCCAUGGGCCCCAGUACCGCCUCCUCAUGCUGCUGCCAGGCCCGUAAUCUGCCAUGGGCCCCUGUUACCCCGCCUCCUAAUGCUGCUGCCAGGUCCAGAGUGUGUCAUGGGUCCCUGUACGGCCUGCCAUUGCUGCUGUUUCCAUCGCCACACUCUGCCAUGUGCCACUUUCAGGUCUCCUCACACUGCUGGUGGGUUCCAUUUUUGUCAUAGGGUGCUGUAUGGCCUCCCAUUGCUUGUGCCUCCACCGCCGCACUGUGGCUCCACACUCAUGUUUUGGCCCCGUGACUGCCCAAAUGAGUGAAGUGUGCGGUGAUUCUAAGAUCGACGGCACUCAUCUGCAUGUCAUACUGACUGACAGUAUUAUUUCUCUUCCCCAGCAGACUCCAAGGGCAUUUAAAAUUAAAGGUACAGUGUUCUGCACUAAUAUAA